UCUUCAUAUGAAGUUAUUCUUAAAAAAAUAUUUCAUUAUAACAUUUUAUUACACAAAAUAUAAAUGUGCAUUUUAAAAAUCUAAAAAAUGUAAAAUGAUUAAAAAUCAAAAUAAAUUUAAUAAAAAUGCAAAAAAAUUAAGUGAUGCACAACUGGUUGAAACUUUACGUAGAAAAAAAAUUUGCAAUGAACGUGCUCAAAAAAUUGUUGAAGAAUUUAUCGAAAGAAAUAUUGAAGAAAAGGAUUUUCUAUUAAAAAUUAAUUUCAUUACACAAUCCCAUUACGAUGAUAUUGUAGAAGAGCGUUCAAUAUUAAAAAUAUGCGGAUACCCACUGUGUGAUAAGGACUUGACAGAUGUUCCAACUCAAAAGUAUGUUAUUUCGACGAUAACUAAUAAAGUUUACGACAUUACCGAAAAGAAAAAGUAUUGUACAGGAAAUUGUUAUAAGGCUUCCAUCUACAUAAAAGAGCAAAUUUUAACUAGUCCUUUAUGGUUGCGAAAAGAUAAUGAUUUAACCGAAUUUCAGCUGUUUAAUUCUGAAGGUAUUAGCUAAAAAAAUUAGGAUUUAAUAGUUAGUUCAAGUGUUAAUUAAGUAUAUUUAUGUAAAGUUUUUAUUUAGCGGUUUUAAUUUUGACAAAAACUAAACCGAUAAAAAAUAUAUUGUAGAACAUUAUACACUAUUUAUGUAUAUUCUAUAAUUAAGUUUUAAAAUAUUGAAUAAAAAAAUUAGA